ACUCGGGCAUAGGGGGGGAAAGGUCAGCAUGAGCACGAUAGGAGACGUCAUAGAGAGAAGGUCACAGUGCAUCGAGACCUUUUAGUCCGUGUAUAAGCGAAGGCGUGUGGAGCGUUAGAGGCUCAGUUCUGUUACAGACUCAUAGAGGAGGGAAAAAAAACAUGGAACAGGACGAGAACAUUUCUGUCACAGAACCGGAAGACGAUGAUGGCGCCGAGGGGACCUCCGUUAUAGACCCGACGGUGGGGGACAAGAGGUCUUCUUUAAACGGCGAGCCAACGGAAGACGGCGAUCACGACGAGAAGACUUCCGGUAACGGCACGCCGACGGAGGAUGUCGAUCACGACGAGAGGCCUUCCGGUAACGGCACGCCGACGGAGGAUGUCGAUCACGACGAGAGGGCUUCCGGUAACGGCACGCCGACGGAGGAUGUCGAUCACGACGUCGAUCACGACGAGAGGACUUCCGGUAACGGCACGCCGACGGAGGACGUCGAUUACGACGAAAGGACUUCCGGUAACGGCACGCCGACGGAGGACACCGAUGAAGACGAAGGGACGGAAGCAAGCGAGAUGCCUCCAGAAGACAUCAACCCUUUUAAGAUAACCAAGGACUUGUUACUGUACAAACUCGAGCAAGACGAAGAGAUUCUACAGGCUCGAGAAAGGCAGAGGACUCUACAAAUGCAGGAGAGGGGGGCCGAACCCAAAGAAAGCGGGCGUGUAGCUCUUUCACGUUUGCAGAAAGACAUCGAGGAAGAGACCGAGAAGGAAGUGCCAGACAGCUUUUUCGAAAAUCUGGGCCAUCCUCCGUCUAAAAGGGAGACGCUGUUCAUUUUGGGCCCUAACAGUGGAAAAACUGUGAGAUGCUGCAUCGAGGAGCAGCGAGAGAUUUCUCAUCUGAAGUACAGUGUUACAGUGGGACAAGAGAAAAUUCAGAGCUUCGAAAAACAGCUGCAGGCGGAAGACGAAGAGAUCGCAAAGGCAGAGGAACAGUGCAACGACGAAGCCUUUAUGAAGUACGUCCAGGAGGAAGAAAAGAAGACAAUGCAGAUUUUACAACAGGCUAGAAAUGAAAGUGAAAAGCUGCGAACCAUGAAAGAGGAGAUCAAACGGACCUCGAAAAAAAUACAUGCAGUUAAAAGGGAAAUCUCCAAGUGCAAGGCCCUGAUAGAACAUGAUCAAUGCUGUCAGGAAUUUCUCUGGAUUCUCUCGCCCCCUGAAUGGCAGAAAGAACAGAACGCCAGGAGGGAGAUGGCUGAGAAAAUCAAGGCUGCUACUCCCAAAAAGAGAGAAUCGGCUCCGCAUUUACUCAGGCGGCGAAGCAGUGGAUAUCGUAUACAUCUUCCCUCCAUGUCUCGAUCUCAAUCUUUCUCUAUUGAAAACAGCCAAAUGGAGAAGACGAUUCAAGAGAACAUGGAGAAUCUGGAAAAUCUGGAGUUCUAUGAGCAUCCUAUGGUGUAUUUUAAAGACCACAGAGAGCUGCGGAACCACCUUGAACAGAUGGAGGACAACAUCAGCCGUUACAAUAAGCAGCUAGAAAGACUUGAACAGACUCUGGAGAACCACAAUAAAGCCCAUGGCGAGGAACAGCAGUACAUGAAGCAGGAAAACGAAUGGGUUAACGAGGAGAUGAACCAGCUGACCAAGCUGAUUCAGGACAACAAUGCGAAAGUGAAAGAGCUUGAAAAGAGGAUCUGCGAUUUUUGCGACAGCGAUGAUGGUCCUGACAAACAGGAUGCGAUCCUCAACCAGCUGCACGAGAAAAUAGCAGAAGUGUACGAGUCCUGCACAGGAAAAUCCUCUCUCGGCGAGAGCUCACAAAACAUGCUGAAAAAGUUCGAAGAGUGCUUACAUGUGGAGCUGGAUAAGUUCAACCAGCUUCCAGAGGACGAGUUAAACAAAAUGAAGAGACAAUAUCGCCAAGAGUCAAUAACCAGGUCCAGAAAACAGGAAGAACAGCGGAGGUUCCAGGCUCAGGAGGAGUUAUGGCAGCAGCGUAUGGAAAUGAGGAAACAGCGGUCUAUGGCCGAGGUUAAGAAACCUGUAGGAAAAAAAGUCAUGUGGAGGUCCGUUUUGAAGAAGGACACCACCGCCGCCUCAAACAGAAAAAAGAAAACUGCCAAAUCGGAGAUGGAAGAAUUUGAAAAAUUAAUUCACUGGUAGUAACACAGCAACAAGGUCCAAAAAAUAAUCAAUCAGCAUUUUAUCAAUGUCGUUCUUAACCAGGAAUUAAUAAAGCACACUGAAGACGGAAGAAGCAGA